AACCGACCAAAAGCCAAUUACAAAUUACUCUUAUGAAUCACUGGAAAAUUCAUAUGAAUCGGUGUGCAGUGAAGGAAUGCCAAUUAAAAAAGCAGCCGCAGUCUUUUCAGUGCCAUAUUCAACACUUCAUGAUAGUGUGAGUGGCAAGAUUCAGCUUGAAUGCACCAGGUCUGGACCAGAAACAUUGUUAUUGAUCACAGGAAGAGGAGCAGACUUUAGUCCAAAAGGGAAAGAAGACAAAAAAUUAUCUUUACAGUGGUUUUACAGUUUUAUGAAGAGAUGGCCUGAACUGAAAGUACAAAAACCGAGAUCUCUGGAAAUAAUGCGUGCAAAAGCGACAUCUGAGGAAACCGUAAAUACGUAUUUCAAUGAAUUGGAAACCAUUCUGAAUAAAUACAAUCUGAAGAACAGUCCACAGUCAAUAUACAACAUCGAUGAAAAAGGCAUUGUUGAAAAUCACAAACCUCCAUCUGUUGUUUCUUCAUGUUUUGAAGUACCAGUUGCAGUGACAUUAGGCAAAUCAAACACGAGAACUGUUAUUGGGUGCGGCAAUGCUCUUGGGGUGGCCAUACCUCCAUAUUUUGUAUUUAAGGGACAAAGAAUGCGCCAGGAGUUCCUUUCAGGCUGUACAGCAGGCACUGCAGGGACAGUCAGUGAAACAGGCUGGUCGAAUUCUGAAAUCUUUCAGAUGUACUUGAGUGACCCAGACCUGUCAACCUUUAAUUUUACUAAAUAUGCUCCACCGGCAUCAUCUGAGCAACCUAUCUUGAUUUUGUAUGAUGGCCACAAGUCACAUAUAAAUAUCUCCUUGAUUCAGUGGGCACGGGAGACGAACAUCAUAAUAUUUGUUUUGCCUGCUCACACUUCCCAUGUUCUUCAGCCCAUGGAUGUUGGAUGUUUUGGCCCAUUUGAAACAAUUUAUAAUGGAAUGAAGUAUACCUAUUUGCGGGAACAUGCAACUUCAGGAAUUGACAGGUAUUCCCUGUGUGAGAUUGCUUGUAAAGCAUACUGUUCUGCCGUAACACCUGUCAAUCUGCAAGCAUCUUUCAGGAAGACCGGCAUAUACCCUUUUAAUAGAAGUGUCCUGAAGCCAUAA